AUGAUUGACGAUAGUUUGAAAAUAUGUACUGUUUGUGCUUCCAAUAAUAACCGUUCUAUGGAAUCGCAUAAACAACUUCGAGAUGCUGGAUAUGAUGUGAAAUCAUUCGGUACUGGAUCUGCGGUGAGAUUACCCGGUCCUCUGAUAGAUAAACCCAAUGUGUACGAGUUUGGGACACCUUAUGAAGAUAUAUACCAGGACUUGACAACUCAGGAGUGUCGCAAGAUGUACGAAUCCAAUGGGUUGAUCCAUAUGAUUGAUAGAAAUAGACAUAUAAAGCGAGCACCAGAAAAAUGGCACGAGAAUGCAUAUGCUGGGAAAUUUGACUUGGUUAUCACUUGUGAAGAAAGAUGUUUCGAUUCCGUGUUGGAUGAUUUGAUGGUGCGAAUGGUGGGGAACAAUACUCCGGAAAACGAAGUCCGUAGAACCGUACAUGUGAUCAAUAUCGAUAUUAAGGAUGAUAAUGAAAAUGCCAUUAUUGGUGGUCGAGGAAUCUUGAAAUUAGUCAAUAUGAUUCAUGCGUUCAAGCGUAAGGCGCAUGAGAAGGAUGGUAAUGAAGAGGAUACGUCGCAAUAUAUCCUUGAAGAUCAAAUGAUGAAGAUCUUAACCGAAUGGCAAAAGCAACACACUCACUUGCCUACAUUAUACAGUGUUACUUACUACUAG